AUGCAGAUUCCCGGGCUGGCAAAUGUCGACUUUGCUGAUGUAAGGGCUAUAAUGGUGAAUGCGGGUUCUUCAUUGAUGGGGAUAGGAACUGCAACUGGGAAGACAAGGGCAAGAGAUGCUGCUUUAAAUGCCAUUCAAUCAUCUUUAUUAGAUAUUGUUAUAGAGAGGGCUACUGGAAUUGUCUGGAACAUAACUGGUGGAACUGAUUUGACACACUAUGAGGUAAAUGCUGCAGCAGAGGUUAUAUAUGAUCUUGUUGAUCCAACAGCAAAUUUAAUAUUUGGAGCAGUGACAGAUCCAUCACUCAGUGGUCAAGUUAGCAUCACUCUAAUUGCUACUGGAUUCAAACGCCAAGAAGAAAGUGAUGGGAGGCCACUCCAGGCACAAGUAGAUAUUACCCUUGGAAUCAAUCGAAGACCUUCCUCCUUGUCAGAAGUCCAUGAUUCUUGUGGCUUUCACGAGAGAGAAGAAGAAAAUGUAACUGGUUCCUGUCUCUGUAAACCUGGAGAUGUGAAUCUUGAUGAAGAAUCUCAUCACAUAUCACCUGAGAAUGGCUACCAAACAAUCACUUGA